CUCCAAAGAGCAAUCCGUUGAAAAUGAAGUUACUUUUGGUUCUAGCUUGCGUUGUGCUCUACGUAUCUCUCGCAUGUGGCCAGAAUCGCUGCGAUGGUCGUCCUAGGGGUCGUCUGAGUUGCGAAGGCGGCAAGAACGAAGGAUUUGGGGGAAGGCAUUGCCGGAGAACUGCCAUGGACGAAAUGUGGUACUAUAACCAGAGAACCAGGAAGUGCCUCAAGAUGAAGUACCUCGGAUGUGGCGGCAACCAGAAUCGCUACUGCUCCUUGAGACACUGUCAAAGGUCGUGCCCAUGAAUUUAAAUGCCUUUAUCGAUCCUGUCCUAUAAUUCACAGCAAAAAAAAAAAAAAUAUAAAUGUACUUCUUGAAAAACAUA